CGGUUGCCAACAUCUUAAUUUUAAGCUAUUAUAUUGCCCUCGCGCGCUGCCCCUCUCAGUCCAUUCACCACCCACGUCUAUCCUUCCACUUAUCCGCUCCUUUUGUCGCCUGCCUUCCGCCAUAGAAGCAGGAGAGAGAGAGAGAGAAUGGCCAUGCCGAUUUCAUCUUCCUCCGUCGCAAGGAUCGCGACGAAGCCCUUCGACGGCCUCGUUCGAUCGGCUUCAAGAAGUUGCUCGAUCGGAAAGAUUCACAGCGACCGGAGGACGAGGAUUCCUUCCAUCAGAGCCGACCUGAUCACAGAGCCGGACGCGUUCGAGGUCGGGAGGUUCGUCGGGAGCUACGGCUUCAUGAACAUCACCAGUUGAAGCAACUACGAGGGAUCUCUAACACAUUUGGGUUGGCUUUUUCGAACAGCUAUUCAUCAUUUCAAUCAGGAGGGUUUUCUAAUGCUAAUGUGUUUGAUGAAUUCUCUCCUGGAUAUUCUUCGGAAGACAUGGAACGUCUGAGAGUCCAAGACGUUGGCGAGGGCCGAGUGAAGAUCAGGCUUUACGAGGGAAGAGUAAUCCAAGGUCCAUUGAAGGGAACCCGAGUCAUUUUCAAGGUAUAUCCUGGACGGCGAGCUGGUGGUGUCGAAGCAGAUAUGAUGGCUGCCAAUGAGCUAGGUACCCAUGUUUUCCUUCAAUUGCGCUGUGACUUGCAGAGUGAUUCAGAAAAACUAUGUCCAAAUCUUCAGUUUUUGUUAGGUGGUUUUGAGACGAAAAUGGGGGAGCAGUGGCUUGCUUGUAGGAAUGAUGGGAAAUAUAGUGCUGCUGACUAUGGCAAAUCUGUGAGUGAAGCAAAUUCAAAGGAUACUGCUAAAGGAGAAAAUUUCUGGAACCCUUUUACUAAGGAACAAAAAAUGAAGCGAAGAAGAAUUUAUGUUAUUAAACUGCUUAAUGGGGCUAUGAAUGGUCUGGCCUACAUGCAUGAUCAUGACAGAUUACACCAGAGUCUUGGCCCCUCUUCAGUUGUUCUAAACACAAUGGUGGAGAAAGAUGCCUCUUAUUUGGUGCCGAAACUCCGUGACUUAUCCUUUUCAGUUGAUAUUGGGUAUUCAUCAUUAGGAGCAGCUCAGAGUACACUAUCAGAAGGACUAUGGCGACGGGCAUCGGCAGCCGGGGCUUUUACUCCUUUGGAGAAACGAGCUUAUGGAAUAGCUGAUGACAUUUAUGAAGCUGGACUUUUUUUUGCGUACUUAGCGUUUAUUCCAUUUUGUGAGGCGGGCAUUAUCGAUAUUAUUUCCUUGCAAAGGCUUUUUGAAAAUACAUUUCAGCUUGACCUUCAAGCUGUAAGAGAAUAUUGUUUAGCGGAUGACGGUUUAUUGGAAGCUGUCAAGUUUCUAGAUCUAGGUGAUGGCGCUGGCUGGGAGUUGCUUCAGGCGAUGCUUAAUCCCGAUUACCGUCAACGUCCAAUUGCUGAAGCAGUAUUGAAUCAUCGCUUUAUGAGUUUGGUUAAUUUAUUAUAGUCCUUGUACAGUAUAUAGUUGGCUACUAUCGAAAUGGCCAAUGUUUUUUGGUUUUGUUUUUGAGUCAGAAUGGUCUCUCCCGAUGUUAAGAAAUUUAGCUCCAAACCGGGAAAAGGGGAAAAAUUUUUAGUUGACAUUUUUGACGAAGAUGGCAAUAUGGUUCUUUGCUUUAAUUUGUUUUCUUUAUUUAUCUUAAAAUUUUAAUGAAGCAAUUGUGCAUAUGUGUCGAACAAAAUACCUCUAAAAUUAUUGAUGUCAUUAAAACAGCUAUGAAGCUGGACCUUUUUUUGCGUA